GGCGUCAAACCAUAGAGAUGGGGUCGACACGCUGGAAGACUCCUUGCCUUUACCUUUUUAUAUUAUUUUCUAUAUUUUCACCAACAUCACAAAAUUCACGACAAAAACGAGAAAUCAUACCGGAUCAACCCCGGAUUAUAACCCAGAACGGCCAUCUUGUCUUUCAAACUGGCACCAACCAUGACAUCACAUUUAAAUCUAUAAAUGGCGGCAAAAUAAAAUUUGGUGACAGUGACGUCACAAACCUUGCUGACGCGGUGACUAAAAAUAAAAAUGACAUUGAUCAGUUAAAGAAUGCUCCCACACAUAUUCCUGACAAUGUCGGACAGCGUUUAACAGAAUUAACUAAUAGACUGGAUAAUCUGCAACCAACUGGAACUGUUGCUACUCAAUUAACCAGUCUUAGAAAUGAUCUGACUACAUAUCAAAAUGCAGUACCAACGACCGUUAACACAAGAUUAUCAGCUGUUGAGAAUAGUCUGAAUCUACCAACAGGUGCCAUUAAAUCACAACUUAAUACAAUAACUAGCAGAAUCUCAGCAGUAGAAAGACGGACUCGAAGGAGAGGACCAGGGAGAUCAUCAUCGAGAAUAAUACGCAGAUUAACAUCUCGGGUUAACACUUUAAGAACUACUGUUAACCAACUACAAGCGUUAUUAACCAAUAAUGAAUGUAAUAGUAACCCGUGUCGUAAUGGAGGUACAUGCCUGGAUCUGUUUAAUGGUUUUAUUUGUAAAUGUCCCAACGCUUGGCAGGGUAAUAACUGUGAAACAGAUGUUAACGAGUGUUCUAUUUAUGCGGGAACAGAUAUGGGAUGUCAGAACGGUGCAACUUGUACAAAUACCCCUGGAAGUUUCAGUUGUCAUUGUGCCGCUAACUGGCAUGGAAUACGCUGUACGGAGUCUCACGAUGAUUGUACGGGAGCCUCACAGUCAGAACUAUGUGGACAUGGAACUUGUGUUAAUGUUGCAAGGGUUCUGUCCAAUCAGCCUAAAUAUAAAUGUAUCUGUGACGAUGGUUGGACGAAGAGUACGUCAUCUCCUGCUUGUACUGUGGAUAUUGAUGAAUGUUCAGGUCAGGCUGCAUCAUGUUCACGAGAUCCUCCAGUACAGUGUAUAAAUAUCCCUGGUAGUUUUCGUUGUGGUGUAUGUCCUACAGGUUAUACGGGAAAUGGUUUUACGUGUCAGGAUAUCAACGAAUGUUUGACUGGUAAUGGCGGCUGUUCACAAGCUCCUCGAGUCGAAUGUAUUAAUACACGAGGUUCUAGAAGAUGUGGUGCCUGUCCAUCAGGUUACCAAGGUAACGGAGUUACAUGUAACUGGGUUGGAGUUUGUAACGUAAAUAAUGGUGGAUGUUACAGUCAAGCCACGUGUCGAGAAUCUCCAGGUAUAGCAGGUAGAACGUGUACGUGCCCAGCAGGGUAUGCUGGUAAUGGUGUAGGUAAUACGGGCUGUAUCAGACAAACACCAACAGUUGGACCAUGUGCUACCAAUCCAUGUCAACAUGGCGGAGCCUGUCAGUUGUCUGGCACUGCGUAUAUCUGUAUAUGUAAUGCUGGAUAUACUGGACGGAACUGUGAAUCCGACGUGAAUGAAUGUUUAAGUAAUCCAUGUCAGAAUGGUGGAACAUGUGUCAACAGUCUCGGUAGUUUCAGCUGCCAGUGUUCAUCAGAUUAUACUGGACCUACCUGUCAACAAACACAGCAGAGUUGUGGUGGAACAUUACGUGGAGAGACUGGAUCAUUGAGCUAUCCACGAACAACAGGUGCAAAUUAUCCUCAUGCGGUUUCUUGCGCCUGGGUUAUAGAGACUACAGCUGGAAAGGUGCUGACCUUGACCUUUACUCGGUUUGACCUUGAAGCUCAUCAGAGCUGUAGCUAUGACUACCUGCAGAUACAUGAUGGCGGUUCUGCUUCAACUCAUAUGAUUGGUAAAUAUUGUGGUACAGCUCUGCCCAAUGGUGGUUCUUUAAACAGUACACAUAAUCAACUCUAUCUUUGGUUUUAUUCUGAUGCUUCCGUGGCUGGAAACGGCUUCACCGUUAGCUGGACGUCUGGCGAUCCCAGUGAGUAA